CAUUUUUAUUUUUCUAAAAUAAAAAAAUAUAUACAAUAACAAUUCUCCAUGCAAAUCACAGACACUGAAAAUGGCCUUAAGUGGUUAGAAACUUCUAAAGAUUCAACAGACAUUUCUGUGAAAUUAUUUUUCGUUAAAUGCAAUUCCAAAAUGUUAAGAGUAGAGUUGUCCGUACAGUUACCGAGUCAAUCGUCGGUGCCGAUGCCGGUAGCAAGAGAUUGGCGGAACAGAGUUGCUUAUCGCUGAUCGAAGUCUGUAACAGUCUUCCUAGAUUUUCUCAACUCCUUGCUCGAAUAAUCAAGUUGGGUUUGCGAAACAACCCACUGGUUCUCACUAAGUUCGCCGCCGUGUCUUCGGAACUUGGUGUAAUUGACUAUGCUUCUUCCUUCGUGUUCUCCAUGGAUGCCGAUUCAAGUCUCUACGACGCUUUCCUUUUCAAUACUUUCAUUCGAGCUUAUGCUCAUACUAGCAAUCUAAAGGAGAAAGCUUUGUUUGUUUACAAUUCUAUGUUUGGAUAUGGAAUUUUGCCUAAUAAAUUUACGUACCCUUUUGUUCUCAAGGCGUGCGCGGGUCUUGGAAACUUGGGUUUAGGAAAAGCGGUUCAUGGGUCAACGGUAAAGUUUGGAUUUGACGACGACGUUCAUGUUCGAAAUACCAUGAUUCACAUGUAUUGCUGUUGUGGCAGUGCUAUUGAGGAUGCACGGAAUCUGUUUGAUGAAAUGCACAAGUGUGAUUCUGUUUCGUGGAGUGCCAUGAUUGGAGGGUACGUGCGUCUGGGCUUAUCUACGGAUGCUGUUGAUGUGUUUAGGAAAAUGCAGAUUGCUGGAGUCCGACCGGAUGAGAUUACAAUGGUAUCAGUUCUUUCAGCAUGUACGGAUUUAGGUGCCCUUGAGCUUGGGAAGUGGGUUGAGUCUUAUGUUGAUAAAGAAGGGAUUCAGAGAAGCGUGGAGCUUUGUAAUGCACUCAUUGACAUGUUUGCCAAGUGUGGUGAUGUUGAUAAAGCUUUGAAAUUAUUUAGAAGAAUGAGGGAAAGAACAAUAGUUUCUUGGACUUCUGUAAUUGUUGGUUUGGCAAUGCAUGGCCGGGGUGUAGAGGCAGUUUCUUUGUUUGAGGAAAUGAUAGAAAGUGGGAUGACUCCUGAUAACGUUGCCUUUAUUGGGUUGCUUUCUGCUUGUAGUCAUUCUGGUUUAGUUGAUAAAGGAAGAGGGUAUUUCAGUUUAAUGACAGAAGACUAUGAUAUUGCUCCAAAGAUAGAACACUAUGGUUGUAUGGUGGAUAUGUUAUGCAGGGCUGGACUUGUCAAGGAAGCAGUGGAGUUCAUUCAGAAAAUGCCCUUUGAGCCCAAUUCAAUAAUCUUGCGAACUCUGGUCAAUGCUUGCCGUGCUCAUGGGGAGCUCAAGCUGGGAGAGAACAUCAGCAGAAGCUUGAUUUCAAAUGAACCGAUGCAGGAGUCCAACUAUGUACUACUUUCCAACAUUUAUGCGAAAAUGUCACACUGGGAGAAGAAAACCAAGGUAAGAGAAAUGAUGGACAAGAAAGGGAUGAAAAAGAUCCCUGGUAGCACCAUGAUUGAGCUAGAUAGUGAAAUUUAUGAGUUUGUGGCUGGCGACAAGUCACAUAAACAGUACAAAGAAAUUUAUGAGAUGGUGGAGGAGAUGAGGAGGGAGAUGAAGAGAGCUGGUCAUGUUCCUAGUACAUCAGAGGUAAUGCUAGAUAUUGAUGAAGAAGACAAGGAAGAUGCUUUGAACAGACACAGUGAAAAGCUGGCUAUUGCUUUUGCCCUCCUGAAUACACCACCAGGAACUCCUAUUCGGAUAGUAAAGAACUUGAGAGUCUGUAGUGAUUGUCAUUCUGCUACUAAGUUCAUCUCUAAGAUAUAUCAUCGAGAAAUUGUGGUGAGGGACAGAAACCGCUUUCACCAUUUCAAAGAUGGUCUCUGCUCGUGUAAAGACUUCUGGUGACAAGAUAUUCAAUAUACUUGAUGGUAUAAUAACUUUAGAUGAACAGUCUAGUAAAGGUCCCAAAGCUAGUACAGGUGGCCUUUAAAUAUAAUUUGUCUCCAAUAUUCACCUCAAAUUGAAAACCUCAAAGCUGCUGAACGUACUAACUGUUGAGGAGAAUGUAUCGAGAAUAGUUUCUGAGAAUCAAUAACUGGCCUUUCCUCAUCACGUAACACCUGCCUUUUUCUUGUUACUAGAACUUGUCACUGGUAUAUUCGUCAUUCUACAAAUAAUUCUCUUUAAUUUA